GAACAAACUUCUUAUAAUUUUAGCCCGACUGUACUAGAGUUCACGGGCUUGGAGUUGGCAACACUGUUCGGCACACUCAGUACUGUCAAAAUGGCGCUCAAGGGUCAGGUCGGCCAGAAGAUUAUGAAUGAGGUGAUCAAGCAGAAGAAGAAAACAACGGGAGGAGUGGAAUGGCGAAUCCUGGUGGUGGAUCAGCUGGCCAUGAGGAUGGUUUCCGCUUGCUGCAAAAUGCACGACCUCAGCGCCCAAGGGAUCACUUUGGUAGAAGACAUUGGCAAAAAGCGAGAGCCUCUUCCGACCAUGGAAGCAGUCUACCUUAUCACACCUUGCAAUGGCUCCGUUCAGAAACUCAUCGACGAUUUCAGCAAUCCCACGAGGACCAUCUACAAAAACGCGCACGUGUACUUCACCGAAGCGUGUCCCGAUGAGCUGAUCGAACAAUUGUGCAAUGCGCGAGUAGCUAAACGCAUUAAGACACUGAAAGAGAUCAACGUCGCUUUUAUACCGUACGAGGAGCAGGUCUUCUCCCUUGAUUCGCGGGAAACGUUCGCCUGUUUUUACAACCCCUCGUUCAUCAACCUGAGGAAUGCCAACAUGGAGCGAAUUGCAGAACAAAUAGCAACUCUUUGUGCUACUCUUGGAGAAUAUCCAUCGGUCAGAUAUCGAAGUGACUUUGACCGUAACGUCGAGCUGGCACAGAUGGUCCAACAAAAGCUGGAUGCUUACAAAGCUGAUGAACCAACAAUGGGCGAAGGUCCUGAAAAAGCUCGUUCCCAGCUCUUAAUUCUCGAUCGUGGAUUUGACUGUGUCUCACCGCUUUUGCACGAGUUAACUUUACAAGCCAUGGCUUACGAUCUCCUUGAAAUCGAGAAUGACGUCUACAGGUAUGAAGCAUCAGCGGGACAAGCCGAGAAAGAAGUCCUCCUCGACGAAAACGAUGAACUCUGGGUUGAACUCAGACAUCAACACAUUGCUGUUGUUUCUCAAAAUGUGACAAAAAAUCUGAAGAAGUUCACCGAAUCAAAGAGGAUGCCUCAGAGCGAUAAACAAAGCAUGAGGGAUCUUUCGCAGAUGAUCAAAAAGAUGCCGCAGUACCAGAAGGAGUUGAGCAAAUACGCUACUCACUUGCAUUUGGCAGAGGAUUGCAUGAAACGUUAUCAGGGGAAUGUCGACAAGCUGUGCAAAGUUGAACAAGAUUUGGCCAUGGGUACUGACGCUGAAGGUGAACGCAUCAAGGAUCACAUGCGAAAUAUUACGCCGAUUCUGUUGGACCAAACUGUCAACAAUCUGGAUAAAUUGCGUAUCAUUGCAUUGUAUGUGAUCAGCAAGAAUGGUAUUACGGACGAAAAUCUAAAUCGUCUGGUGCAUCAUGCUCAGAUUUCAGCUGAUGACAAGCAAACCAUUAUCAACAUGGCAAACCUUGGCAUAAAUGUCGUGGUCGAUGGGAACCGCAAGAAAUUGUAUACCGUGACACGUAAAGAAAGGAUUACAGAACAGACUUAUCAAAUGAGCCGUUGGACUCCUGUGGUGAAGGAUAUCAUGGAAGACUCCAUCGAGGAUAAAUUAGAUUCGAAACACUUCCCAUAUUUGGCUAGUCGUUCAGCAAGUACAGGGUAUCACGCACCAACAAGUGUACGGUAUGGUCACUGGCAUAAGGACAAGGGUCAGCAAACCAUAAAAAACGUCCCUCGGUUAAUAGUCUUCAUUGUUGGUGGAGUAUGUUUUUCGGAAGUGCGAUGUGCAUACGAAGUGACGAACGCUCUGAAAAACUGGGAGGUUAUCGUUGGUUCAUCACACAUAAUUACACCGAAGUCGUUUUUGACCGAUUUAAGCAAACUGCAUGUCUAAGAAUGACAUCCUGGCGGAGAUGACAUUUCCGAAUUAACCUCUUCAACUUUAACGCGCUAAGUUACGCACCGAUCGCAUCGGUGUGUUCGACUUCAUCGGUAACGUCAACUGUACAUACCGCCAACAGCGUCGACGUUCAAAUUAGCUUAAGCGAACACUUCAUGUCAAUUCAUUAGAUAAAAUUGGUCGUGUAUUCGAGUAGAACGACUAGCCCGAUGUAAGGAAAGGCAACUAAAGUUGAAGACCAACUCACCAAAGCGUAUCUAGUGUUGAGUGCAAUUUGAAUAUCUGUAUUAAAGCAAAAAAAGAGCAAAGGCUCGAUUAGACGUCAAGUGCCUGUGCGAUGUGUAGUCAUACGGUGAAGUCUUUUUCGCUUGGUGCUACCGAUGGAGUCCCAUAAAUUCAUCAUAAGGUGGUAACUUAGUUUCGCAAACAAUACUUCUACCAUAUUUAUUGUUCCACCAGUUUGCCCCAUCUGACGCUGGAAUUGCAUGAUAGGGUGUAGAAAUGAAGCGCUGUAGAUGAAGCAUAGCUUAAAGUGAUGGAGAGAAUGUGGCGUCAAAGAAGUCUGGUUCAUGCAAUUUUUCUAUGAACUGGAUGUACCGAAUCGUUUAAAACUUUGCAAUGUGAAUAU